AUGGCCAUGUUUUGUCUGUUCCUGGCGGCGGCAGCGUUCGUGCUGGCCGGAGGCCCACGAGCUUGUCGAUGUGAUCGACCGCGUGUUAGUGGAGAUGUGUUCCGGGCAACGGUUAACGACGAGGGACUGGAUGGAAGUUUUUGGAGCAAUAUUCUAGGACGGAAUUUAGAGCGCCAGCGGCUCGAGGAUGGAAACAAUUUAAUUCCGGCCGCUAAACCGAUCCACGGGGUACCUCUGGUUCCAUGCUAUAGCGCUCGCGAAACCCCCAACGAACUGAUGGACCUAGAAUCGCUGAUCAACCGCUACCGGAAGUUUAUAGUGGAAAAACUCAUUCGCCACGACGAUGCGUGUUACUGGCUAGGUCGUGGCCGUGCAAUAGCCGAGAACGACGAAGAAUCCUCGCCUACGUUGGGGUCGCACACGGAAAGCACAGAAGUAUCCCCGGGCAGAUCAACCAAUGGUCCAUUGGACAGUACGGGGGGAGCCGCAAGCUACAAGACUCCAGAUGGGCUUCAAAGAGAUGCUCGUAUGCCCGAUACAAUGAAUUAUCGUCAAUUACGUGUAGACCCAUGUCUAAGCAAUGCCAAGCAGUAUUAUUAUUGUCUCUCGAGCCACAUUGACGAUCAACAGCUGCUGAAAACGCUGCACGAUUAUCUAGAUGCCAAUUGUGACCUGACCGAUUCCGCAGGCCACAACACUUUGCUCCAGAAACGGGAUACCCCACGAUAUGUGUCGAAGCAAAAGUUCCAUUCAUGGGGCGGCAAGCGAAAUAAUGCUCAGGUCUUCUAUCCAUGGGGCGGAAAACGUACCGUAGUGCGACCGCACAAACAGCCGAAAGUCGUUAUACGAAACCCAUUUCAUUCAUGGGGCGGUAAACGCAGUGGUCUUGCGGAUUACUCUGCAGCCUGAAGGGAAGGACCAUCUUUAGCUCGGACGGUAUGGAUACACCAGCAGUGAAACGAUGCAUCGCCAGUAGUCGCCGAUUACCAACUAUCUUAAGCCUAUCCCCUCCGGUCGGUCAGUGCGUGUCCAGUAGAAUCUCCACUAUUGAUACUAUUUGCCAUGUUGCUAAGAUAAAGCCCCAUAAUUCGCACACUCGCAAUUCACACAGAGCAGCAGGGAUAUUUGAAUAA